GCUUGGUUUCACGUGACGUCACACCGUUGCGUUCCUUUGGCGCGAAAUUCCAUUGGAGGUCAGGAAGUAAUUUACUACAGAGGAUCUAGCUGCUGUUACCAUUGUGAAAAUGCCGGUGUGUUGUGUAGUUUACGGUUGUUCCAAUCGAUCCGGCCGAGAGAAAGACAAGAGGUUUUACCGAGUGCCGAAGGUUGUCGUCCAUAAAGCUGAGCAAUUUAAGAAGCUAACCGAAGAACGCCGGAAAAAAUGGCUUUCAAACCUACAUCUGCGGUCGGGAGGAGCAGAGUCGUCUAAUGCACGGGUCUGCAGCGACCACUUCAUCAGAGGGUGCCCUAGCGCUUUGGGGGACGUUGAGUCGGUAGACUGGGCUCCCACUGUUAGCCUCGGUUACCACACAACAAGUAAGCCCAGAUCAGACAGCCCACAACCAGAGGACACCAGUGGGAUAUUAAAUGACCAACAAGAUGCAGGAUGCCAGACUGAUUUAACGAUGGAGGACAUCGAGAGGAUGGAGGAUGUUCUGAGACAGAACACAACAGAGCUGGGAGAUCUUCGGACAAAGGCACUGGACACAAAGUUCAACCAGGAGUCCUUUGAGAACAACGAAGAGAAAACAAAGUUUUACACCGGGCUCCCCAACUUCUUAGUUUUACUUCAGGUUUUUCAACUGUGCGAGCCCCUACAUCACCUGUGGCCCUAUGUCUGUGCUCUCCAAAUUUGA